ACCUUCAAAACCCCUUGUGAAUUAGUGCGUGUUUAUAUGUAAUUAAAGAACGACGUAUCUCCCAUUCGGGCGAUAAAUUUAGAAUUAUAAUAAAAGUUAUGUAAUGUUUUUCCUGCACUGGACAAUUGUUAUCAAAGGCAUGUACUGAAGUUAUCGCUUAAUUAUUGACUCGUGUAAAGUAUACGCACGCGCGUGCGACUGCUUACUUAUCACUGCAAGCACUGUCGACGCGAAUCCGGCGGAAACCAUGCACAGGAAAACAGCUUUCAUUGGACGAUGACUAUCAUUUUUGAUCAGCCAACUGGAAUGAAGAAUCAAAGGCCCGUUUAAUCAAAUCCGACGUGCGAACGUAACCAACAAGAUGUUUCACUGGGACGUAAAUUAUAAAAAGUCACACGGGUUGUGCAGAUUGCUGAAAUCGUUUUUUCCCUUGGUGGCAAAUUAAAGCAGCAAGGCCUAGAGUCGCGUUUGAAUACCAAUGUAUUCGUUUCCACGCUACGCUUCUUCCGUCUCCUUCAAUUUUUUCUUUUGUUCUUGCAUGCUUUUUAUAUCACGAAACCUUUCUCACAGAGGCGAACGAUCGAAAUUUGCUAAAUCAUACUGUCUUGCAGAUUUUCUGUAAAGCUUUCUUAUGAUAUUCCUCCUCCGUUUUGAAUUUAAGUGUUUGCCUUCGAUCUCGGGUUUCUAUCAACUUCGUAACGCAUGUUUUGCUGAUCUUGGUGCUAAGUGUGGUACAUUUAAAGUACAUAGUUACGUUACUAACCAUGAUACCGCGUUAUCAGUGCGCGUUUAUCAACUGAAGCUAAAAUUCAUGAAUUGUAGUUAAAUUUAAUAGUGUCAGAGUUUAUAAAUAUAAUAAACGAUCGAUUCGUAGGCAACGUAUAGGUAGGUAAAUAUAAAUUUUAAUAUCUGGUAUUUGGUAUCGUGAUUAUGCUUUUCAGUGUAAUUCUCACUUUAAUAUCGGAUAUUAGGAUUUUUAUUCGGUAUUCGUUGAUGAAUUUAUCGGAUAAGUAUAGCUUGAUACACCUUCGCGUUCGUAGAAUAUUACGAUAAAUUGCUUUAUCCUCGAUCCCUGGCUUUCUCACAUUAAAUUGGAUGAAUCGUCAUUCAUUCUUAUACCUAACAGAAGCUAGAUUUUCAAGUAUAAGUAGGUACAUGUAUUUGAUAACUGGCUACCAUUUCGUCAUAAAUUAUCAAAUUUGCGCAAUUGACAUCGCUUUACUAGAUAUUUUCCAAGAUUAUUAUUCAUCUAUGAGUUUAGUUUUCAUUUCAAAGUGUGAAUUCAUAGAGAAAGUAAUAUAUCAACCUACUUACUUAUCAAAGCCUAUUUACAACUUCUUCCCGCAUUUUUUUUCACAGACCUGUAUUAAAAUAUCUGUACUGCCCUUUUAAAGUGAGAAUGAUAAUCACGUAACAACCGAAAAUAAUUAAGCAGACUUCUAUAAGUAUUUAUUAAUAAUGCAAACAAAAUGGAAUAUCUCUCACACUUUGCAUAAUUACCAAUUGUCACUCUAUGUAAAUAUAGCGUAUCACUUGGAUCUUCGACCAGCAUUUCACUUCACAUACAACCGUACCAGUAGAGAAUAUCGAUCAAUAAUGCUGUAAAACUUUGACCGCCAGUUUUUGUUUAAAGUAGCAGUAAAAUCGUGGCAGAAUGUUUAAGCGGUUGUCAAAAUCAAGGCGCCAUAGUGCCGACGACGUGGCCCUUUCGUUGUCGAGCCCGACGACCCUGGACGAGCCACCGGGGACGUCGACGCCGCGGGACAACUGUCAGAGCAUCAGCCCAGCCGCCCUGCUGAGGGUUUCGAGGACGAAGUACACCAGGAGAAGCUGCGGGGACGCGAGCGCCAUGCAAGCGUUGCUCGCCACUAAGCAGGAACAGGAGCAAGACGUCGUCGAGGCCGAUUAUCAAAUGGUCACGGCCGUUCCUGCGUUCAUCGUCGAACACGAGCCCGAGAAACAGCGUGGCUCGAGUUUUGGAGUCUGGGGUCGUAGAAUGAGCAAGAAGAUAGAUUCGUUCCGGCGGGCUGGUUCCCGCGAAACGAUCUGCUCCAUUUCCGAAAGGUCCGACGCCGGAAGCGGUAGCGCUAAUAACAAUAACAGUUGCACGGCAGCUAGCAAUAACAAUAUUAGCCCGAAAACGGACAAGUCAGUGCCAGAUCUGAAGCAAGAUAGCAAACUAGAAAAGAGAAUACCGGGAACUUUCCAUAGAUCACCUUCUCCCUUUAAAUCGUUCUUCAUCCGCAUGGGUUCCACGGGAAUGCUCAACUCGGCGAGAAGUAACAGACGUUCUCAAAACAUGGACGAGAGACUAAAGACCACCGAGAAGGAAAAUUUGUUUAGAAGUUGUAGCACUAGUCAGCUGAACACCAGCCCGACUUACGUAAAGGGAGACGACCCCUCGGAAGGGAUCGAUUUACAGAUCUCGAACCGCAAGGAUAAAACCGUAUCUUGCGACAAUCUAGCGGAUCGUCAAAAUGACGACGCGUUCGACGAGCAUAUCGGAGACGCUACCGCGAGCUUAUAUUCCCUGGGAAACCCAUCGAUAACGAGCUUCAGUCCCUGUGACUUUGGUCAGUCCCGAAACGAAUCGCCGAUGCGGAAGAGCAGUAGCUGUGACUUCAAGGAAGCCAAGAAGUCUAGCUUUCCGUACGCUUUCCUACGGUCGAAACUAUCCGUCCUACCCGAGGAACGUCACAGUACGUUCGCCUCUAAAGAUGAACGACUGUUCAAGACUGCCUCUGAGGAGCAUUUUCCCGCGUUAAAGAUCGAGGAUACGUAUACCGGAACGACCACGCUUGGACGUCGUCGCACCAGGAACGGCAACUUGGCCAGAGGAAAUCCGAACAAGUCUCAGGAACAGCCCACCUCGAAAAACGGACGGAACUCGUACACUGAGUUUCGGAGGAGUUCGAGCAGAUGCGAGGAUAGGUACAGUCUAAACCCUGGUCAUUUGGAGAGGAUUGACGACAACUUCCAGCAGGAAGACACGGGCUGCUACAAUUCGUACGAUAGCAGUCCGAUGUCCCUUCGAGGUAACGCGACUGUUCAACAUCCAGAAACUGGUCAGGAUAGAGUCGACUUUGCCGGAAGGAUCAACGAGUCUCGAUUUUCCGAGACAUCCUCGUUAAACGUAGACCUAGACAUGGUGGCAGCGUUGAGGAGCCACAGACGGAACUCCGCGCCCAGUGGUGAGCAGAGGCUUUCCUCUCAUUACGUCAGCUCGAACGAGUCUGGCUACGACAGUGAUGGGCCUAGAGGAGAGUCAGCGGCAGCUUCGGAAAAUGAAGGUUUAAGUUUGAAGUGUACGGAUAGUUCGGAUACUAGCAGCGUGGUCGAUUCGGAACUGGAGAAGCCUAUCAGGAGCUCUACUCCCAGCGAGUGCCAAGAACAGGAGAACAGCAACGAUACCAGGAUGAGAAAGCUUUCCGAGGCAGAUGUCGUUCGGGCUGGCACGUCUGAGUUGAACGACGGUAUAGACGGGCUUAGGUGGCAUCAGAGUAAUUCGGGGAGAUUGCUACCGAGCAUUCAUCAGACGUACGACGAUGUCACGAUGAAUUCUCAGUUUCCAAUUUGCGGGAACGGGCUGACCGCGUUGCAAAGUUCACCAAAAUCGCUGGAUAUCUCACCGCAUCGAAUGAGAUUACAACAAGACAAGAGUAGGUUUCUCAGUGACAUAAUUCAACCACCGAAGAGGGUUAGACGAUGUCGAUUGGUACAACUGAACAAGAGAGAUCCAAAAGAAAAUUUGGGCAUCCGCUUGGCGCAGCAACGUUUAGGCGAGUUGCGGUAUAUCGUUGUUCAGUUGGAAAGUGAUGGAAUAGCGCAUAGAGACGGAAGACUAAGGCUUGGUGAUGAGAUCGUCGAGGUUGAAGGGAAGGAGCUGAGGACGCUGGAAAGCCUGGAGGAGGUCCAAGAGUUUCUAAGAUCUUUCACCGGUAACAAAAUACGUCUGAUGACCGCGUUCGAGGAGACAGUGCCACAGGUGUAUGUCAGCCCUCCGACUUUACCUGGGGAGUACGAGUACCUGGAAAAUGCAAAGAAUCUUUCGAAUCUGUCGUUGAUCGACAGUGAAACGAGGCAAACUGUACAAUCGAAUCAAUCGAGCACACCUGCUGCGGACGAAGGCAUUCAGUCGACGAAGAGGCCGGACUUUCUGCCGCUUUCUUGCAUGUCCAAAGAACGGAAGGGCGUGGAAAGUAAUUUGGAAUCGACGAUAGAGCCGCAACAUUAUUUAUCGAGACACAUUGCCAAAUUCGAGAAGGGCUACGGCAAGCCUAGUCUCGGUUUCAGCGUGGUGGGUGGCAGAGACAGCCCUCGCGGUGAAAUGGGCAUCUUCGUGAGGAGGAUUUUCCCCGGUGGUCAAGCUGACGUCUCCAAGUCGCUGUUCCAAGGUGACGAAAUCCUAAGUUUAAAUGGAAAGGUGCUGCGUGGCUACACACACCAAGAAGUUAUCGAAUUGUUCAAAGCAGUAAGAGAAGGCCCAGUUGAAUUGGAAAUCACAAGGAGACACAGGUAUCCAAAAAGUACGCAAAAAUCCGCGCCGUGCUGAGAAGGAGGCAACGUGGACGAAGCUGCCCACAGGAAGUGCUCUUUCGGUUUAACUCUAAGCGAUUUAGUGUUCGCUGCAUACGAAGUUUUAGGAUUCUAGUCUAUCAGAACGAAUCUUUGAUCUUUGAUGUUUGUUUCAAUUAAUUUAUUUACUGCGGUGCCGCAGUUGCGUAGGAAUUAUGUGUAUUAUCAAAUUAUUAUUAUUAUUAUUAGUUAUUAUUGACUAUUAUUAUAUAUUAUUUUUAUUAUUAUGUUAUUAUUAUCAUGACUGUAAGAUUUUAUAGAGAUACGUUACAGCAGCGUGAAUUCAUUGUAUACGAUUUCUGACAUUAUUAUUAUUAUUAUUAUUAUUAUUAUUAUUAUUAUUAUUAUUAUU